UUUUCUUUUGCAACUAUUUACUGGCUAAGCUGUACGGAACCAUUAUAAAUUUCUCAGCUCCACCCUCUCCCACCACCCUUGGCUCCCCCGCCACCGCUUCUCCGGUCUCCCCUUGCCCUCUCGUUCAAUCCCAGAAGCCCAAAAAGCUAGGUCUCAAGUGCUUUUUUCUUUUUUUUUUGAACAACAGGUUGCAAAAGGAUGUCAAAUCAUCUCCCAGAGGAAGUGUGGGCUGGCAUCUUCACAAGACUCCCAGUCAAGACCCUCCUCCAAAUCAGGUCUGUUUGCAAACUUUUCAGUUCCAUUAUUUCCAACCCUACAUUCAUUUCAGCUCACAUCAAGAAAACCAUCAAUGAAUCCCACUCUCACACCCUUUUCCUGAGAUACUUGAUUGAGAAAGAAAGGCAGCAAGAACAUUACUUGCUAUUUGCUGACAGUAGUGAUCAUAAAAAUUCUAUCUUUGAUGAGCACAAUUGCAGGAAAUUAGACUUCCCAUUUAAAACUCGAUCAAAAUGUCACUUUAGGAUUGUGGAUUCUUGCAAUGGUCUAAUAUGCUUGAAUGAUGACAAUGAUUUUGAUACUUCUGGGAUUAUUCUCUGGAACCCUUCAAUUAAAAGAUUCCUGAAUUUGCCGAACCCCCGGGUUACUAGUAGGAGUUAUGGUUCUUAUAUGUAUGUUCUUGGAUUUGGAUAUGAUGAAAAGAAUGAUGAUUAUAAGGUGGUUAGAGUGGCUUAUAAAAAGGGGCGAAGUGGGCGAGAUUUGAUACCUCCUGAGGUUGAGUUGUAUAGCUUGAAUUCACGGUCGUGGAGGAGUUUUAAUGCUGGUGCUCCUCCUUAUGGGAUAUUCGGGUAUACUUGGUUGCAGGCAUUUGUGAAUGGAGCUGUGCAUUGGGUUGGUUAUGAUCCGUGUGUGGUGAAAGGGAAUGAGAGUUGUGGGCUGAUUGUGGCAUUUGAUUUGAGUGAUGAGGUGUUUCGGGAGGUUAUGCUUCCUAGUUGUCUGGAGCAGCAUGCAUGGGAUGUGUAUAUUACGGUUUUUUGGGGUAAGCUUGCAGUGUUACAUUAUGAUUAUGGUGCCCAUAAGAACUUUUGCUCUGUGUGGGUAAUGGAAGAGUAUGGAUUGGCUGAUUCUUGGAAAAAACUGUAUACUGUUGACCUAAGGGGAGGAUUGCGGAAUUUGAUUGGUUUUCUGAGAAAUGAUGAAGUCAUUGGAGUAACCAUUCGGGGUAAGCUGCUUUCAUAUGACCUCAUUACCUCAAGGAUUAAUAACCUUAGACUUCGCGGUGCAGUAGGUGGGUUUCAUGUGGGCAGUUAUAUGGAGAGUUUGGUUUUGCUUGAAGCUGAAAGUGCAGCUUUAGCACGAGAAUCAAUUACCUCUGGAAAUGAACAAGAAGAAGAACAGGCUACUGACUUGCAUGCAGUCAAGAACAGGAAUGAUGAGUUUGAUGAUCAGGAAAAACUUGAAAGUUUUCUUUCUCUUAGAAUAUCUGAACAGAAUUAUUCAGCAUAUUUAUGCUGUGGCUUUAGCGAGCAAGAAUUAUCUGCAAAGAAUUCUGAAGAAUGGGUGAAGGAAUUGGUUCCUGAGGCUAACUGUGAUGGAUGGGAGAAUGAUUAGUGAAGAAUGGUGGAACAAUGUUGGAAGUGCAAUAUUUUUAUUUUAUUUUAUUUUGAUAUCAAAGAGAGAGGGUUAUGAAUAACUGCUUCAAAAUGGGGCUCUGAAAAACAAAUCGAGAAACACUUCUAAAUGUUCUCACAGAAGAUCUCAUAAUUGGUUGUUGGGCUCAUGCUAAACCUAAGCAGUUUGCCUUUGAUUGCUGGUUGCCGAUUGCCUGUAAAUUUGGCGAUGGUAGCAGGUAAGUUAGUAUCUUUAACCUUCAGGUUUCUUAUAAACAUAAUCUGCUUUGUUUGAUCAGCCAAACGACUUCAUGGUUUUACUUUCUCAUGAUUUAAUUUUAACCAGUAUCUCUUUCCAUCAGACCCUGUACUUGCUUUUCACUUAUCUUGAUAUGAGACUCCAGACCUAUUAAAUUGAUUGUGAAAACAUUUAUCGACUCCAUUGAGCGGGUCCCAUCA